AGAUACGUCUCUUAUCUGCUUAAAGGCUUCGCUAUCGCUUUCAAGACAGGUACAUCUGAUAUGUAGUACCAUCUAUUUCUUGAAUAAUGGCUACUCGUCGAGGCGUCGGUCUUGGCGCAUUCGCCAACCGAAACCAAGCAACGCAAUCCUACGCAAACCACGGCGCAAACCUACGCUCAACACACCUCUCCUCCCUCCAAACACAACUAUCAGUCUUUCAAUCCUUACUACACACUUUCGCACUCGAACAUGCAUCUAAGAUCAGAUCAAAUCCGACUUUCCGCGCCGAGUUUGCGCGUAUGUGUAAUACCAUCGGUGUUGACCCUCUCGCCGCUAGCAAUGUCAAAGGUAAAGGCAGUGGUAGGAAAGGGUUAAUGGAGGGUGGGAGUUUCUGGACGCAGAUACUUGGCGGUGAUAUGAAUGACUUCUACUUUGAGGUUGCGGUCAGGGUUGUCGAGCUCUGUCGAGAGACAAGAGGCGAAAAUGGUGGUUUGUUAGGUGUUGAAGAAUGUCGCAAGAGAGUCGGGAGAGGUAAAGCCAUCGGUGGAGGCUUGGAGGUUUCCAAUGACGAUAUCCUCCGAGCUGUCAAGUCGCUAGAGCCACUUGGAUCCGGCUUCAGUAUCAUCAACGUCGGUAGCAAGCAAUACAUCCGCUCUAUACCCAAAGAGCUCAACUCAGACCAAGCCACCGUUCUGGAAGUACUACAGCUUCUCGGCUUUGUCACCGUUUCCAUGCUGCAGGCAAAUCUUGGCUGGGAAAGGGCACGCGGAAAGACUGUAUUAGACGAUCUACUAGCUGACGGGCUAGUCUGGCUCGACAGUCAAUGCGUGGAACACGAAUAUUGGUCUCCUCAGAAUCUUUUGGAUGAGGAUAUGUGA